UUUCUGGUAUCUGCAGAGUUCACAAGGCAAGGCAACCAACUAGCUACGACAAAGAAUAAAAAAGAAAAAGAAAAAGUCGGAUUUGAGAAGAAGCUUUAUAUAUUAAGUCUCCUCUGGGAAGGCAGAAGCAGAAGUGGAAUCGAGAAAUGUACGUGAGAGCAGUGCCAACGACGGAUCUGAAUAGGAACACGGAGUGGUUCACGUACCCAGGAGUCUGGAGCACUUACAUUUUGAUUCUAUUCUUCUCAUGGCUCAUUGUUCUUUCUCUCUUUCAUUGUACCCCUGGCAUGGCUUGGACCAUCGUUCACCUCUCUCAUUUUCUUGUUACUUAUCACUUUUUCCAUUGGAAGAAAGGAACACCAUUUGCUGAUGACCAGGGCAUUUACAAUGGGUUGACAUGGUGGGAGCAGAUAGACAAUGGCAAGCAACUCACUCGCAACAGAAAGUUUUUGACUGUUGUACCUGUUGUGCUGUAUUUGAUAGCUUCACACACAACAGACUAUCAGAAUCCGAUGCUUUUCUUCAAUACCCUAGCCGUCUUUGUACUGGUGGUUGCAAAGUUUCCAAACAUGCACAAGGUCCGUAUAUUUGGGAUCAAUGCUGAUCACUGAACUGCUGAGAAAGAAUUUCAUGUUUCUUCAAUUUAGUUACUAGG